GGAGUCGGCGAGAGGUAGACGCGCGGAUGAAAUCUUAGUGGUUCCGACGUACUCACACGCGUAUGCGAGCAAACGAGCUCGACAGGAAGGGCAGAAUGGGGCGGAUUACGACAAUCGAGUCGCCAUGUGCGCGAUCGGUUUCGAGGACGCGAGGAUGGAGAGCGAGAAGGCGCCGUUCGGAGCCGAGGGCGACGAGGGGUCGGCAAACUCGACGAUCGUCACAAUCUCUCGAGCCGAGCGACGCGCAGCGAGCAUAUACGGAGAAACAGCGUCACCCAGCGGCAAGGCGCGCCUGGGAUCAACGGUGUCGCUCAUGGAUAUGCUUAAGCGAGAGCGUCCCGAUACAGACUUCAUCUUGUGCGUCGGCGAGGACGCGUUCGACGAUAUGGUGAGCGGUAAAUGGUUCCGCGGAGAUGAUUUACUCAAGGAAUACGAGGUAAUCGUCGCUCCGAGGCACGGUUACGAGUCCACGCGUCGCGAGGGCGACUUGGCUCGAGCGAAGAAGACACUGUCGGUGGAUAUCCGAGGCGUCUCUUGGUUGGAUUCGGCCGCGACUGCUCCGGAGAGCGAGCCAGUCUCUUCCACCAAGAUUAGACACGCGCUGCAUCGUCGAGAACGAAAUAGAGGCGAGAGAAUGAACGAGGAUCUGGGAUUGCCGCAGGGAGCGCUUCAUCCGGACGUGCUGAAAUACAUCAUAGAUCAGGAGCUCUAUCACGGAGACGUCGAGGGCGACGACGAGCUCUAUGGUGGCGGCACCGAAGAUGAGCAGUUCGAUGAUCCCUCGAUUCAGAAACAAAAUGGGUACUUCGCAUCGCUCUCUCGAAGAUUCGCCAACGUGAGCAUCGAGCCGAGCGCAUAUUUCUCUCGAGACAAAUCCUUCAAUGACAAGGAAGAUAAACACGGAUUGCUCGCCGAGUCUCGCCCACUCAUAGGCAAAGAGGUGGAGGUUCACGAGAUAAUCAAGACCAUGGCGUCACACGAAGAGUUCAUCGCGUUCAAGGCGAUGCCCUACGAGCUUUUCGAUCGUUGCAUUCGCACCGAACUGCAGAAUAAUCCUCCUGGGAAAACGUGGAGUGAGAAAAAGGCUGAAAAGUACGCGACGUCAACCGUCGAGCGCGCGCGCCUCGUUACGGCGUGGCGCACGGAGAACAACGUCGAUGAGCUACUCGAACAUAGCAUCUUACCCGAGUCUGAUUGCAUGUACACGAAUUGGCCCGCGUACGUGCACGGUCAGGACUCGUACGGCCACCCCAUCGUCUGCGAAUGGCCCGCGCACGUCUCCCCAGAGGGACUGAAAUCAAGGAUGACGGUCGCAGAAAUUUUGCGACACAGAAUUCAAGUCAUGGAGACGUUGGAGUACAUGAAGUCCCGCUCGCAGUGCGCGCACAGAGUGUACAAACACGUGUGCUUUAUCGAUCUGGACGGCGUCACGCUUAGUUAUUUUACGGGUGAGGUGAAAAAGUUCAUGACGGAACUCGUCAAGCUCUUGACGCAUCGAUACACGGAUUCUUUGCACCUGAUGUAUCUCGUCAACACACCCGUGAUUUUUCGCGUCAUAUGGUCCGUUCUCGCGCCGUUGCUGUCGACGACGACCAAGUCGAAAA